CACGUUUCCUGCCCCCAGCCAGGGGCUCCCCUAACUCCCCUGGCCCUGCCACCCUCCCCAGAGCUGAGGCUGCAGGGCUGCCUGUUCCCCUUGAUCUCUUCCAAUCUCCACCCCCCUGUGACCGCCUUCUUACCAGGCUCUUCCCACGGCUUCCUGUGCGAGGGCAAGGGCCGGAGGUGGGGGGCGGCCAAGCCCAGCUGCUUCGGGCAGGGAAGCGGCUGCAGCUGUUGUGGUUUGUUUUGUUGCAAUCAGCACUAGUGCUGGAGCGAGUCCCCAGGCAGAGCCCACAGCCUCCCCAACUCUGGCUGGGGUCUCCCUGGGACAGGGUGCUGGGUGCACCCUGACAUCAGGGCCUGGCCGGCCUGCCUGGCCAGAAGGUGACCUGGCUUCUUCGUGCUGCCAUGUGGGGCAGCCGUGGCCCCUCACAAAUGGCUGCGGGAGAUGUUGGCAAAGGCAGCCCCUGGGCAUGCCAGCCAGAGAUCCCUUCUCUAGCCCUGUGGCCCUUGGCAUUGUGGGAAGCAGCUACUGUGAAGAGGAGGGGAGCACUAAGGCCAUGCAUAGGCCCUGCUCUCCCCUGCAGCUGGAAAUGCUCCCUGAUCCCCAGGACAGCCCGUCUCGGCCGAGAGCCUGUGGGUGCAGGGAUGGUCCCCUUUCCUCCAGGGCGCUAAUGACUCUUGGGAUCUGAGUCCCUUGCGAGGAGCAGGGCAGGGGCCUGUCUGGGAGCCUGCUGGUCCCACUGACUCAGUGUGCCUAAUGGGGCUCUUGGGCCAGCGGGGCUGGUGCUGGUGGCUCUGCUUGUGCCUGCUGUCCCAUUUCCUCCUCAUGGCUACUCACGGAGCCAGGAAGCCCUGGGAUGCUCUCCAGCCCCAGCCAGCUCCCUCCCUGUUUUCUCUCCCAUAUGGCAGCGAAUUCCUUGCUGUCCAGAGCUUAUCUCCCCUGAACAUCGCUUCCUCACUCCCUUCCUGGCUGCUGCGGGUGCCCGGGAGCAGGUAGACGAUUGGCCGCUGGGCCUGGGGGUGGGGCUCUCCGGACCGGCAAAGACUCCCGGAGAGCACUGGGAUCGGGGUCGGCAGCCACAGUGCUAGCAGAGGCUGCCCGGUGUGGCACAGCCAGCGAGCGAGGGCACCGUCUAUGUGGUCUGACGUGGCACCCAGGCUCGUGGCUCCACAGCACGGGGGGGUUGGGCUGUGCUCCUGGGGGAGGCGUUAGGGGCAGCAGGUCGGCCACGAGGGACGCAACGCUCUAGUCUUUGGGGACACCCAGCCCAGAUCUCUCUGGAAUCCCGCAUCCAUGGAGGAACGUGCCCGUCAUCAGGCCCCACUCCUGGCACCUGGCCAAACUCUCCGAGGUCCGGACCGAGGCUGCCACCAUGCACUGUCCCUCCGACACCUUCAGCUUGUCUUGGCACUCAGGAUGUGACUCCAGUGACCUGUCCCUGCAGUGGGCCCAGCUGUCUCGCCAUUGCAGCACAGAGAAGAGCAGCUCCAUUGGAAGCAUGGAGAGCCUGGACCCGCCCAGUCAGACCUACUACGAGGGCAGCCUCUCGCCCGUGGACCAGAGCAUGUACCAGAACAAACGUGACUCUGCCUACAGCUCCUUCUCAGCCAGCUCCAACACCUCGGACUAUGCCCUGUCCCUGCGCCCCGAGGAGACCUCCUCCACAGACUCCAUCCUCCAGGGCCUGGGCCCCAGCCGAGCCCACGAGGGGCGCUACCUGCAGACAGGCAGCGAGGGGGCGGAUGUCUCCUGCCAGCUGUGUGGGCACCUGGCACCCAACUCCAGACCCUCCUCAUGCCCCCACGAGAGCAACCUGUCAGGCUCCUCCAAAUCAGGCGCCCCUCCCCAGCCCCCCGUCAGGAGGGACAGCCUCCGGGCCUCCAACCCCCAGCCAGCUGGCACCGAGCGACGCCGGGCCUCCGCGCCCGCCGAUGUCCUGCACCUCCCAGGCAGGUGGACCUCGGACACCUUGCUGUGCCUGCGAGACAAGGAGCCCGAGGGGGUUGGAGGCCAUCCGAAGGAGCGCCUGUCUGCUGACCAGUACUACAUGCUGAGCUCCCACCUGGACAUGGAGCAGCUGUUAGGGGAGAGCACAGAGCAUCCCCAUGGAGCUGCCCGUGGGCAGUGCCAGGACAACGGUGCCCACGAAGGAGAGCCAGGCACCAAUGGUGACCCUCCCCCAUCUCCUCGGAAGGGGCACCGGCACAGCGCCCCUGAGCAGCUGCUGGCAUCCCAGCUGCACUCCCUGACUGUGGCCACAGGCAGCAGCUGCUGGGAUACCCAGGUGCAGGAUGGGCACCAAUGGACUGUGAACCCGCUGCACUUGGAGCAGCCGUGCCCUGGCCGACAGACAGAGGAUGCCAAAGAGCAGUUGUGUGGGGAUCCAGCCAUGGGCACAGACCGGGCUGACGACCACACGACGCAAGCCCAGCACUCCCCCAGCUGGGCCCAGGACUCCUGCCACAGCCAGGGGCCAUACAGGUGUUACUCAGAGCUGGAGAGAUCCUGCAGCACCCCCGGUGAGUCAGCCACACCUCCGCAGCCUGCUGGCCUGAUCCCCACGUGCAGCUCCGAGGCACUGGUAGAGGAGGGGAAGGAGUCCGGGGAGAGCAGGCCAUGUGCCAGGAAAUUGGGCCCUUCUCAUCAGCGAUCGGCCCAGCUUCGGCGCCGGAGCGAGCGCUUCGCCACCAACCUGCGCAAUGAGAUCCAGAGGAGGAAGGCCCAGCUGCAGAAGAGCAAGGGCUCUGUGGCUCUGCUGUGCGGGGAGGAGCCAGUGGAGGAGACUGACGAGCCGUGUGAGAGCCCCCCUAAUUCCUCAGCCCUGCCACAGGGCAGGCUGCCUAGCUCAGGCAUGGCACAAGCCAGAGCCAGGUGCCUGAGCCCCACGUCGGGUGUGGCACCUGCUGGGAAACUUGGCAGGAGCCCCAGCCGCCCUGCUGACAGGAGUGCCCCCACCCCCCAGUCUGCACGGAAAGGCCCCAGCCCCCCUGCCCCCGACAGGGAGAAGCACCGGGCUCCGGCAGCUGGGGGCCGGUGGCGGUGGUCUCCAGAGCACAAGCUUCAGCGGGCCCUGAGCCCUGGGAAGGCGUACGCCAAGGGGCCGGAGGCGCCUGCCUCCCCGCUGCGCCUGGCGGAGGAUGCUGACCUGCUGCCCUUUGCUGACCGGAGGAAGUUCUUUGAGGAGACCAGCAGGUGCAUGGGGCGCCUCCCGGCCCGGCACAGCAAGCCCCCCAGCUUCCGGCCGAAGGCAGCCGAGCCGCACGCCUUUCAGCCACUGAGUGCUGAGUGCCGGGAGCUGCGGCGCCGUUCCGUGGACCAAUCGUACCCACCCCUGUCGCCUGGGCGGCAGAAUCUCCCCGCCUAUGCUGAGUGCUGCCUGGAGCCGCCUGUGUGCUAUGCCGGCCUCCCGCGGCAUGCCGAGUUCGAGUACCUGCGGCCCUUUGCCCGGGCCUGUGCCGGGACGGCCCCACUGCGUUGCGAGCCCUGCCUCUACUGCUCCAGCGACAUGUGCCCCACACUGCUGCAGAGGAACAUGCAGCCCAGCCACCAUGGCUACCGCUGCCACCCCCACCCCUGGGUGCCACGGUGCUCUGACUGCUGCUGCUCUGUUCCCCACAAGGCUCUGGAGGAGAGCGAGCCCUGGCCUGGGAGGAAGGCGUUCUUGCCGGUAAGAGAUCCUCCCUGCAAGCAGUCUCUGGUGCCAGGUGGGCAGGCCCUGUGGCUGAGCCUGGCCCGGGAAUUUCCUCUGGAGGAGUGGGAGCCUGGGGUGAUAAACAGGAAGGGCAGCCAGUCAGUGAGCGAGCUGGCGCACUACGAGAUCGGCUUCCAGAGGGAGGGUCCCUUCCGGCCCUGCUUGGAGACCUCCAAGCAGACGUGGCCCCCGUGCUACCGGGCCACGUCCUCUCUCGACCUCUCUUGGGAUUGCGAGCGGCGCGCACCAGAGAGCCCAAGCGAGCUGCUCCACCGCCCGCUCCGGGGCAGGGCCUUCUCCGAGAGCCACCUCAACAUGGAGCCGCCCAGCGCCCAGGGCCAAGAGAGGAGAGACGCCCCGUUGGCCAAGCUAGAUGAGACCUGCCCGAUGACUCCGUGUCCAGCCAGAAAGAAAGGGCCGCCCCCUCCACGGCCCCCACCCCCAAACUGGGAGAAGUACAGAACUCGCCGGGCUUCCCACCACCACCUGUACCCACCGGAGCCCGCUGGGCCCAGCUCAGCCUUGCUGGCGGUGCCCCUGGAACAGCCUCACCACCAGGGCGGUGGCAGCAUGGAGACAGCAAGACAGCGCUCCCAGAGCCUUCCUCUGGACAAGCUCCCUGGGGACUCGGCCAAGCCCAUGGCCGUCUCACAGCCUCGAAUGCCUGGCACCCUCCCACAGGAAUCCCUGGACACCAGACACCUGCCAGAGCAGGGGAGCAGCCACUAUUACUGCCAUGUCUCGCCUCGGGAGCCACUGGCACUGGACACGGGCACCAGGGACGCUCCCAGGCCAGACGGGCCCUCAGAGGAGGUGGUGAAGGAGACGCCGCGGUGGGAUAUGGGCAGGUCUGUAAAGGACGAGCAAUACCAAGUGAUCAGCUGGGGCCAGGAGCGCCCGCGGCCUAGCCCCCCCUGCCUGGCCGCCGAGGAGGUGGAGUCGGCCCAGGAGAGCGCAGAGGUGGAGAGCUGCCGGCUGGCCAGGCAGCCGCCCUGCCGCAUGACCUCAGAGGAGCUGAUGCGAGACGUGGCGGGCAGGGAUCGCUCCCUGGCAGGUGUGCUGAGCCCAGCCUCUGGCAUGGUGACAGCUGCCGAGGUCAUGGGAGAACUCUUCUCGGCAGGGGACCGCCGCUCGUGGAAGGACCAUUACCAGCAGGACUGGCGGCUGGAGAAGCAGAGUGAGGCUGAGGCUCAGGAAAGGGAGGAGUUCCAGCCCAUCUCCCCUCCCCUGGGGGGCACCGUCAGCCCCACCUCCUACUCAGCCUAUUACAACACCUCGGCGGGCAAGGCUGAGCUGCUCAACAAGAUGAAGGAGUUGCCGGAGGUAGCAGAGGGGACCUCAGAGGAGGAGGUGGAUCACGAGCUAGCGCAGAAGAAGGCACAGCUCAUCGAGAGCAUCAGCAGGAAGCUGGCGGUGCUGCAGGAGGUGCAGCGGGGCCUCCAGGAGGACAUCAACGCCAACACAGCGCUGGGGGAGGAGGUGGAGUGCCAGGUGAAGGGCGUCUGCAAACCCAAUGAGUUUGACAAGUUCCGCCUCUUCAUCGGAGACCUGGACAAGGUGGUGAAUCUGCUGCUGUCGCUCUCGGGGCGCCUGGCCCGGGUGGAGAAUGCCCUCAACAGCCUGGACCAUGAAGCCACCGAGGAUGAGAAGCUGGCGCUGCUGGAGAAGAAGCGGCAGCUGACGGAGCAGUUGGAGGAUGCCAAGGAGCUGAAGGAGCAUGUGGACCGGCGAGAGAGGGCCGUGUUCGGCACCAUCUCGCGCUCCCUGCCGGCCGAGCAGCUCCAGGACUACCAGCACUUUGUCAAGAUGAAGUCAGCCCUCAUCAUCGAGCAGCGGGAGCUGGAGGAGAAGAUCAAGCUGGGGGAGGAGCAGCUCAGGUGUCUCAGGGAGAGUCUCCUGCUUGGGCCCAGAGAUUAUUAGUGCCAGCACUGCACUCCUGGUGGCCACGUGGCCAUGGUCUCGUCCACAGUCAUGUGGCCUAGAGCUGACGGCCACGGCCUUCUCAUGGGCUGCUGCUGGAGGACCCUGGAGCAGAGAGGGUUGUGUGGGAGUGUCCCGCCACCUCCCACAGCCUCCCAGCUGGUGACCCAGGUGAAUGGUGCCAGCACACGUCGUUCUCCUCCCUCCCGACCAAUGCACCAAUUCAGUGGGAGCCUAUGUGCCAUCCAGCUGGCAAGAUCCAGCAGGGCGCUGGCACAAAUAGGGCGUUCAGCACUUCCCAGGGUGCCACGGCCUGAAGCCCCAAAGAGGGGGAGGGUGCACUAGUCAUCUCCUCCAGCAUCGACCUGCCACGGGCCGGGUCACCAAAGCCAAGCAAACAGCGCUCCGGGUGGGAAGGGCUCUGCUGGAGAGCGGCCUGGGAUUUCUGGAGCUGAACUGGAAGCUGAAGAAAACUGGACUCUUCAACACGCCAAAGGGGAUGUUGCUUUCGCUUCCCCAGCCCUUGCCAAGGUUUGCAGCAGGAUCUACAUUUCACCGGGAGAGCCCUGCAACUGGCCCCUGCUGCUGCCUGCUCAAAGAUCCCCUCACGUGGUGCCUAUGGGGGUACCAGCAGGGGGGGGCAGAGGGCAUUGCUGCCCCACUGCCAUGACCCCAGUUAGCACGACCAAAGAGGGUCUCAUACCAGUGCCUGGUCGCGCGCGCGCGCGUGUGUGUGUGUGUGAGAGAGAGAGAGAGAUCCCUGCGAAUGUUAUUUAUUUUUGUAUUUUAAAUUGCUUUUUUCCUAUGGAGGGGCCUUGUGGGAAUGGGGAGAGGCAUGCGGGAAUGGGGAGAGGCACAUGGGGAGGGGGAGGAGCCAGGGACCUUAGCUCGGGGGAGAGCCUGUUCCCAACGCUACUUUCCUGCCCAGCCCUGGCUUUGGGCCCAUGCGCUAGGACUGUGCAUUCCACCCAAAGCAGGGCCUGGAACCAGCAGCCCCCAAGGGCCAGGGAAUGGUAUGAGCCUCUGGCUGGCUGCCAAGCUGCCUGGCUCUUCCUCAGCCCUCACUGUUUUGGGUUUGAGGGGGUCAGGGGGGCUCUGAACAUCCCUUACUUCCCACCAGGUUCAGGAUGUUCUUAACCAAAACCUCCCCCUCCUGCAGCCAAGGCCAGCUCCUUCAUCAGCUCCACACCAGGAGUGGGCACUACCCCCCCCAGUGCGGGUCCCUCACCUGGGGUUUAGCUGGGGAGGCACUGCUCCCUCAGUGCAGGCCCCUCGCCUGGGGUACAGCUGAGAGUCACUGUCCCCCUGGGCGGGCCCCUUGCCUACCAUUUGUUCUGAGUCCAUUCCAGGAGGGUCCAAGAACCUAGACCAGGAUCACCUGGUAUCAGACUCACACUCAGAUUCUGCUGCAGUUGCGGCUCAUUCCCAGCUGUUGCCUCUGUUGCCAUGUGGGGCGGUGUGUGGGGCAGUGGCUGGGGCAUGGGAAUGGAAGCCCAGGACUCCUGGGUUCUCUUCCCGUCUCACCUACUGAUUGCAUGUGACUAUAUGUAGUUCCCUGUCUGUGCCUCCAUCCCAUCUGCUGUACAAUGGGGUGAUGCCACCUGGGCAUCUUGGCAAGGAGCUAGGAGCUCUGUGUAGAAACUCCCAUAUCCCAGACUGUCCUGUCUCUGAUAAGCUCAGACACCUAGUGCCAAGUGGCCACCUGCCCUGGCUUUCAGUCCCAGCGUCCACUUUUCCCUGGGGCAUGUGGGGUCCGGAUACUCGUCCGUUUGUCCAUGGGGUAGCUUUAGGCGCCUUUGGCCAGCAGCUCUGGUGGCUUUGGUGUGUGAUGGGAGGGUCCGGGCCCUGCUGUCACACAUGCUUACACUAGGGCACUGACUCUCCUUCACCGGCCUCAGCACCUGUCCCAUUUGCACCUGCCCUGCUCCUGUUUCCAUGGCGGAAGCCUCCCGGUGCCCUUGCACAGCGCAGGUUGGUGCAGGUGUAGCACUGCACCUGCCCUGCUCAUCCCAUCCCCUUGCUUUACCCCCCCAGCUCUGGACCCGGUGCCACCACCAGGCCUAUCCAGGGGCAUCUGCUCCCCAUGUCCUAUUGCAGAAGUGGAGUGGAGUUCCAUGCCCUAGUGGAAUGGGUUCUGGAGUGUGCCCCCAACUUGGGUGUGUGAUUGCUGAUGCAAUGGGCUGCUGCAGGCGUCCCAGUUGGGUACCCCCUUGUCUUGCUGGUUGCCACUCUCUGUAGGAGCUGCUCUGGCUCUCCAGGGUACCUUAUAAACACAUUAUACCACAUGAGCAAGCAGCUCAGGGAUGAGAGACAGCAGGAGAAAGCACUAACCCAGGAACCAAACCCUCUUUCUGCCCUCUCUCUGUCUGGGCAUUUAGCGUGGCCUAAGCAGCCAGAUCCCAAUCUGUCCCAGGUGCAAACCCCAUGCCAUUGUUCUGGGAUUUACCUCCCUGAGAGCUGCACCUGGACUGUAGCUAUAGAGACAUGGUAGCAUCCUAUCGUUCUGUAGAAAGAGGUUCAGGCUGGGAUUUCCUGGCAUUAAGGACUUGAGCUGGUCUGUUCCUCCUCGGCCCCCCCACUCCAGCACUUCCGGCUGUAAAGGGUUAAUCACUUCUUCCCCUAAUACACAUGGCUUCUAAGUAACCAAAGGAAUUUGCUGGGGAUCUGCCACAAAUUCUCAGCCCCCGACAUCCUCUUCCUCUCCAUUGUGUUUGGAACAAUAGUCUAAACCCACUAGGCGCUUAACUCUCUCAGUGCUGUGCUGGGCAUGGCCUACGCCUGGGCUCAGAGCCCCUGCCCUGCUAUCUGUGAUCUCAGUAACACCAGCCUGCCUAGUCUAUUACUACAGAGAGGAGGCUGGUGCUACCUCCCAGCUGGCUCCUGACAGGACGGGCAGAGCCCCUGGGAACUCUCUCUUUCUGGCAGGUCAGAGGGACUGUCCCUCCCCUGGGAGCUGAGUAGGAACCUGACCAGUGGGCUGCCUCUCCCACUAGCAGCCCCUGGGGAGAUCCCUGCUGUAGCUCUGCAGCUGGGUGUGGGGGGCACAUUCCCAGAACACCAGGGAUGCCAGCCCUGCUGCAAAUGCUAGUGUGGGGGUGGAGAUGGAUGGAGCAUAGGAGGAGCUCUCUGGAGACAGGAGUGUGACAGCACUUGUUACCAUGGGCAGGAGCUGUGUCAGGCAGAGCCCAUGCAGGGGGCACAGCUCUCCAUUCACCAUGGGUCAGAGAAAAGUGCAAGGGUCUGGCCACAGUUCUGGGCUGCUGCUGGUCUGAGGUCAUGGAGCUAAACUGGGAGACAGCCUGGCCCUGCCCUUACUCUGAUCCUAGAGUGUUUCCAGUGUCCUACCUCCCUGCCUGAUGCAUUUCCAGCCUCUCCCUGGCGUUGUGCCAUCCAGAGAGGUUGGGAUAGGCUGAUGCAGGUUGUGUGCCCAAUGGGACUGUACAGACCAGGGCUCUGUACUACUGGAGAGGUACUGAGCCCUCAUUGCAUUAGGGGUUGUGGGUGCUCUGUGCCCAAUGGGGAUCAGGCCCCAUGCCGGCCUUCUAGUGCAUUUCCCUUCCCACUCAGCUGCAGGGCAUGCAGUGGGCAGCUAGCUGUAGCCAGACACCCUGUCACGUGCCAUUCCCCAUGUGAUCAUGCACCCAGUGAGAUACCUCAGCCAGGAGUGGGCCAGGGACAGGCAUAAAAACAGACAUAAAUUGAAAAUAACCUAACCCUUUGGUGAUAUAAAAAUAGCACUUAAAAAGGGAUGGGUCAUUUGCUUAUGACUCAUCUGCGUCAUACUCUUUUUAAGGGGAAGUUUUUGAGCUAGUGAUUGUGGGAAUAGCUAAGACACUAAACUCUUCUAGUGCUCCUUAACACUAACUGAAACUAUGCUAAACUUUUGAUGAGUGUUUCUCCACCCAGGAAGAGAUUGUAGCAAGGACUGGAUGUUUUCAGUGUGCUCAUGGCAGUAAGAGCCAACCCUGCAGAAGUCUCUCUCGCAUCCAGUACUAAAACCUUGAAAAGAAAUUCGACAUAAGCUUUUUGCUGAAUUUGCACGUGAUCUUUUCCAAUCAAGCCUUGGAACCUGAAUAAAACUGGCUAUAGCCGAAGAGGAAAUAGCUGCUUUAGAAAAAUAAACAACUGAUUUCCAAAUAAUUCAGGUUGAGUAAUUACAAUGUUAUGUGAAAAUGCAGCAAAGGGAGCUCAGCAUUUCAGUGCAGGGUAUCCUGUUCCCUCCAGGAGCUGAUUAGAGCCAGGGGAUGAGAAAAGACUCUUGAAAUAAUACAGGAAUAUUGAACUGGAAAUCCUCAUUGUUUCCAUGCUGGGCCCUGGAUUUCUGACAUGAAUCAAAUUCCUGGAAUCCUUUCUGAGCAAUUAGCAGAUGCGAUGUUACAGCCCCUUUUAAUGAGUCUCCUCCCCCAGAGUGUUUAGAAAUGGAACUGGGACGUGGCACCACUUAACAAUUAUCUCCAACACCCCUUACGUGCAAUGAUGAAGCCUCCUUAACACUACACAGAUUUAAAAGUUCUGCUGUACUUUUCACCCUCUAGGAUGUUGGACCCAUUGCACUUCACUCAUCUAAGACAGUGGAACUAGCCUGGUCAAGAUCACACACUGUCCGUUUCACUUCCUGAUUUUCAUGCACUUACCCAAGGCUGCCGUGAUUUGAGUUUCUAACACUACAGGGAAGGUUAAAUCCACCCAAAGCCUUUGGAGCCUGAAAAUGAAUCAUUUAUAUGCCCAGAGCCCAAGACGCACCCACAUGUACAAGCUAGCAAAUGUGAUUGUUUAUUGCAUGAUGUCAGACCACAUAGGCCCCAGCCAGGCCUUCUGGUUAAAUCUUCGUCAUGCUAAUUGUUUCACCUCAUCCCCCUACAGCCUGUCCUUUCCCCAUGUGGUGUAUAUGAGACGGGCUCUUGUCCUAGGUCUCCUGCCUUGCCCUGAAGGCCCAGGAAACGUCAGGCCAUGGGGUGCUGUGCCCCACAACACAAUUCCCAUGCCAUAGACUUGAGCCGCUGGAGGUGUAGCUCAAAGUGUCCUGCCGCUGGCCUAUGGCUUCCCUAUGGGUGUUGGGAAGAGUUGCGGUCGGUUAUCAGCCAACAGGCAUACGGGUUCCUUUGCUGACAGCCUGGGGCAGCUGUGUUCAGUGGGUGUAGUGGCUCGGCUGCUGGUUGGUUUCUGAUCCUGGCCCGUGGCUUGACAGCCCCAGGCUCCAGUCCCUGCAGUGCACAUGCAGGCCCCGGGGCUUGGAAAGGGCUCUCCACUGGCUUUCAAAUGGCACUUUUGCUACUUCCUGCUGCACCCCAGGCCCUGGCCACAGCCCCAUGGCUAGCUCCCCCCCGCCUCCAUGUGCAGUUGUAUUCAGCACAGGAGCCUGUCAUGGAAAGGCCUUCAGAUACCCCUAACUAAAAGCCCUGGUGGGUGGGGAGCCUUAUUUCAAUUGCCCAGUAAAAAGCCACACGCAGGGGCUCACCCCCAUGGCUACUGCUCUGUGCUGCGAUGCGGGAGCCCCUGGCCAGCAAGGUAGGGUGAGCAGAUGUCCUGAUUGUAUAAGGACAGUCCCGAUAUUUGGGGCUUUUUUUUUAUAUGGGCUCCUAUUACCCCCCACCCCCACCUCGAUUUUUCACACUUGCUAUCUGGUCACCCUACAGCAGGGACUAAGAGUGCUGUCCAAGUGGGGAGGGAAAGUGGAUCUGCAGAGCCCCUGCUGGCCAGUGGGCAGCCUACAGGCUUUAGCAGGCAGGGAGGGGUGGGAAAGGUGCUAAGGAAGGCCAGGAAGCCCUCCCUGUGGCAGUGAGACAGGAGGGAAGGAACCUUCUCAGUGCUUGGAAUCACAAAUGUGGGUGUUGAGCAGCCCGGAGCCCCCACUGGUCAUGUGCUGCCUGGUCUCCAUGGGUGUAACCCUGACUGCCAGCAUCAGCUGUACUGUUAUAGUCCUGAAGCCUCUUGCCUGACGUGCAAGGCCCAGCCCAGGGAUGUGCCAACUGUGUAUAAUGGGGUUUGUGCCAAUGUUGUAUAUUUUGUGUACCAUUGUGCUUCCUACACACUAAAGGCGCAGUGGGCUCUGUACAGCGUCCCAGAGCGGUGUUUUUUACAAUGUUGUGUGUAUUUUCUAAGCUGUUGAUUACUGAACUUGUUAGUGUCCCCUAGCUCUCUGGCCGCGGGUAUGUAUCCCCACCUGGGGAGCACAGGGAGGCGAGGGACACGCUGCAUUAAACAAUGCUAAGGACAAUGA